CUUGUUACUUUGGUCUUUGGGUUUUCCAUGUUUGAAACGUUUACAGUCCUUUGUAUUCCAUUUAAGCAAAACCUCCCUUCUCUACUCUUCUUCAAAAAAUAUGGUAUCGGAACUCGUAAGAAGGCUUCGCUAGGGUUCCUCUUUUCCCUCUAUCUUUGGAAGCUUCAUACAGGGUUGCUUGCAGUUGAGUUUGAGUUUGAAUUCGAGUUCGAGUUCGAAGUAGUGUAUAUUAAUUUUAUUUGGAGAUGAUAAAUUUGAUUUCGACAGGAGGGUUUUUUCAGUAAUCGAGUGACAAGUGGAAAAUUCCUGUUCUAUUGAGAUGCCGACGACAAGUGGUUACGCGAUGCCUUUCGGGACCUUUCGCCGUUCAAUAAUGGGGAUUGGAAACGAUCAUAAUCAAGUUUAUUCCAUGGACGUCAACAGCGAUUCCAGCUCUGAAUUCCAUUGUGAACUCGGAUCAUUUGAACACCAAGUCUUCCGCCAAUUCCGCGCCCUUUCAGCAGCUUCUCCCGAUGAACUACUUUCUCUCAAUUGGGUAUCCAAAUUAUUAGAUGCUUUCAUAGCUUGUCAAGAAGAUUUCAACAUCAUUCUUUCCACCCACGAAGCAAAUCUCUCAAAACCCCCUUUAGAUAAAUUUCUAACAGAAUUCUUCGAUAGAAGUAUCAGGGCACUCGACAUCUGUAAUGCUAUCCGUGAUGGACUUGAAAAGAUUCGACUUUGGUAUAAACAUUUGGAAAUCGUUUCAAGUGCUUUCGAUUCAAAACCAAGAAACGUGAUAAUUGAAGGUCAAUUUAGGCGUGCAAAAAAAGCUUUGACUGAUUUAGCCAUCAUCAUGCUCGAUGAAAAUAAAGAAUCUGCAUCCGUUUUUUCAACCAGAAACCGAUCUUUUGGGCGCCUAAACAAAGGGAAUAAAGACAAUCAACAAAAAGCAGGACACUCAAGGUCACUUUCAUGGAGUGUCCCUAAUUCAUGGUCAGCAAGUAAGCAACUUCAGUCAAUAGCUAAUGGAUUACUCCCACCUAAACCCCAUGAAAUUUCUGCCACUAAUGGCUUAGCUACAAUCGUUUACACAAUGGGUUUUGUUCUGAUGUUUGUUUUAUGGGCUCUGGUGGCUGCAAUUCCAUGCCAAGAUCGGAAUCUCCAAUUCCAUUUAUCUAUUCCAAGACAAUUCUCAUGGGGGACUCCAUUAAACCUUCUUCACAUUCGAAUCAUGGACGAAUCCAAGAAACGCGAACGCAAGAACAGUGCUGGGCUUCUUAAAGAGAUUUCCCAAAUGGAAAAGUCAAUUCAUUUGAUCACGGAUUUUGUUGAUUCCAUUCAUCAAUUUCCAUUGACUGAAGAACAGAAAGAAGAAGUGCAAAUGGGAAUUCAAGAGGCGUCUUUAGUUUGUAAUGCAUUAAAGAAUGGAUUGGAUCCUCUGGAACGCCAACUUAGAGAAGUAUUUCGCAAAAUCAUGUCUUGUAGGACUGAAGGCCUUGAAAUCCUUGGAAGGGUAUAAUCUUGCAAAAUGGUCAAAAGGGUAAAAAUAAUGGUAAUUUGUGUAGCUUGAGUAUACAUUUUAUGUGCUUUAUAUCUUUAUUCAUGUUUCUUUAUGUUAUUUUUAUUGGGUUCGGGGUUUGGGUUUGGGUUUGGGUUUGGGUACGGGUUCACCCAUUAAUUAAUCUUCUUUUCCUAUGUAUUAUCUUUUUGUUGCUUUUGAUAAUUUCAUUCAUUCUUAUAUAUGUAUCCAAGAAUCCAAGAUUGUUUGACUAAGGUUUUAUUUUA